GCGUUUUUUUAUGUUCGACUAUUUUAUUUGAAACUCCGAAGCGCGUCUUCCCAAAACGCGCGUGUCACAUUAAACUUGUUGUGUCCUCGGACUCCUUCUUCCAUCUCUAAAAAGAAAAAUGCCUGUAGAUACUGAGCUUUAUGAUCUUUUGGCCGUUCCACCGUCAGCCAGUGAAGAUGACAUCAAAAAGGCCUAUCGGAAAAAGGCUAAGGAACACCAUCCUGACAAGAAUCCGAAUGAUCCUCAAGCUGCUCAGAAAUUCCAGGAGAUGGCUGCCGCCUAUGAGAUUCUCGGUGAUCCAGAGAGCAGAGCGAUAUACGACGAACGUGGUAUGGCUGGCCUAGGUCCCGGUUCACAGGGACCAGGUGGCAUGGGCGAUGCUGCAGAUCUCUUCGCUCAAUUUUUCGGUGGUGGCACAACUUUCUUCGACUUGGGUGGAGGGGGGCCCCGCCGACAAAAGGGUCAGGAUACCGAAGUUCCGUACAAUGUUACCCUAGAAGAUUUAUAUAACGGCAAAUCUGUGAAGAUGAAUAUGGAAAGAGAGGUUAUUUGCAAUACUUGUCAAGGUUCUGGUGCCCGGGGUAAUGCAAAACCCAAGGAGUGCGUCAACUGCGAAGGAAAAGGCUGGUCUUUUAUCCAAACACAGCUCGGCCCUUCAAGGUAUGGCACAGCACGGACAAAAUGUACCGAGUGCAAUGGUCAAGGUAGUAAACUGAAAGAGAAAGACCGGUGUAAAAAAUGCAAGGGCGAAAAGACAGUACAGGAAAAGACCCGACAAGAAAUUUUCAUAGAGAAGGGCAUGCCAGAUGGACAUCGGAUUGUUCUUGCAGGUGCCGGCGAUCAGCAACCCGGUAUCCCUGCUGGCGACGUGAUUUUCAAACUUACGACUACUCACCACGAGUCUUUUGAGCGCUCAGGCAGCAAUUUGUUGACAAAUGUCAAAAUCACGCUAUCCGAAGCACUGCUAGGUUUCUCCCGCAUCUUGAUUAAGCACCUCGACGGAAGAGGGAUUCGGGUCUCCAGUCCUCCAGGCAGGAUUACCAAGCCCGGAGAUUCGAUAAAGCUUCGUGGAGAAGGCAUGCCCACACACAAACACCCAGAUCAGAGAGGCGAUCUGUUCAUAAUCCUCAACAUAGAAAUGCCCGAUGCGCAAUGGCUACAAUCCGUGAACAAGCCGGCAUUGGAGAGGCUUUUGCCGCCGAAGAAAUCAGACAUGGACCCAAUGCCUGAAAUUGUUGAUGAAGUCCCAUAUGAGGAAGGGGACAUUGUGGACGUGCGUGCCCGGUCUUUCCCGGCUGGUUCGGACUUCUUUGAUCAAGGGUUUGCAUCGCAGUUCGGAGAAGGAAACGAAGAAGACUGGGAGGAUGACGACGGCGACGACUAUGACGAUGACGACAUGGGAGGCGAGCCAGAGUGCAGACCUCAAUGAUUAUCCCUCUAACGGGAACCCACAUAUUUCAUUCCGC